AUACUUUCCAAAGAGAGAAAGGGCAGGCCCAGCUCUAGCCUUUCCAAAGUGCGCGCAAUCUCCUCUGCCGCAUCCGAUAUUCCGAUCUCGAUCCCGCGACGCGGUGUCUCCGGUCAGCGCCGCCGCCUUCUCCCUCGCCGGCCGCCACUGCAUCGCCGCAGUCGCCAUGAAUUAUAUCAUUGGAGCAUUCAAGCCACCUUGUGACAUCUCGAUCACAUUCUCUGAUGCGAGGACUAGGAAGCAGGUUUCGGUUAAGAAGGACAAUGGGAAGACAACGAUGGUCCCUGUUUUCCAGAGCCUCGAAACUAUAUCUGGAGAAGUAUCAAUAGCACCAGUUCCAGGUAAAAGGAUUGAACACACGGGUGUCAAAAUUGAGUUGCUAGGCCAAAUAGAGCUCUAUUUUGACCGAGGGAACUUCUAUGACUUCACUUCGUUAGUACGUGAGUUAGAUAUUCCUGGUGAAAUCUAUGAAAGGAAGACGUUUCCAUUUGAAUUUUCAACUGUUGAAAUGCCAUAUGAGUCUUACAAUGGGACGAAUGUCAGACUCAGGUACAUUUUGAAGGUGACAAUUGGCAGAAACUAUGUUGGCAAUAUUGUGGAAUAUCGGGAUUUCUGUGUGAGAAACUACUCACCUGUCCCUACAAUCAAUAACAGCAUUAAGAUGGAAGUAGGAAUUGAGGAUUGCUUACAUAUUGAGUUUGAAUACAGCAAAAGCAAGUACCAUCUCAAUGAUGUGAUUAUUGGGAAGAUAUAUUUCCUUCUUGUCAGAAUAAAGAUAAAAAAUAUGGAACUGGAAAUUAGGCGUAGGGAAUCAACAGGAUCAGGCUCUAACACAUAUGUUGAAACUGAGACUCUUGCAAAGUUUGAGUUGAUGGAUGGUGCUCCUGUGAGAGGUGAAUCUAUUCCAGUGAGGCUGUUCCUGACACCCUAUGAGUUGACCCCGACUUACCGCAACAUAAACAACAAAUUCAGCGUCAAGUAUUACCUGAAUCUGGUCCUUGUGGACGAGGAAGAUCGGAGGUACUUCAAGCAGCAAGAGAUCACAAUGUACCGUCUCCAAGAAUCUCCCCCUGCCUCCUAGAUCCCAACCUGUUGCAUCAUGUUCACUUCUCAGGUUUUGUACAAGUGGACGCUGAGGUUAGAGCAAUGUCCUGUAUAUAAACUAAAAUCCAGAAGAGCGCCACAGCUGGUUACUGCUAUGGCCAUGCACGCUGCACUGUCGUGUUCAUUGUUUAUGUUUCGUUGUUCUUUCCCUUGAGUAUGACGCCACCUUGAUAGCCCGGGGUAGAAUUACCUGCCUAUAUUUAUCGUCCUUGUGGUCUGCAAGAAUCAUGACGUUAUUACUUAGGCACUUAUUCAUCUUACUAUCUGGAAGUGAUGUGAUUUGUUUUGGUAAGUCGAACGAUAUAGAUUUAUCUGUGUUUCAUGC